AUGAAUCACCUUGCUGCAAAGACACAAGAAUACAAAAAUGUCAUCAAAUCAUUGAAAGCAAAAAUUUCUCGACGAGAUACUAAAAUUAAGAAAUUCGAAGAAUUAAUUGAGGGAAAAGAUCAAAAACAUUAUUUGAUAGAACUUCUCUCGGUUCCACUAGAGGAAGGAAAAUUACACGAAACCCAGUUCUUUUAUCAAUUAUUAGAAAAUACAUGCAAAAUUUGGUUUCAUAGAAAAAUGUUAACGGUUUUCGAUACAAAGAGUGUAUUAUUUGUUGGUGUUUAUUACUUCGAUUUUAUGGUGGCUCUCCUUAAUUUAUUGCUUCCAUCUAUCUCAACAAUUAAGAGCUAUCUUCCCGACUUGUCUUUUGGAAAACUUGCUGACAAUGAUUUGAAAGAUGUUGUUAAAGCCAUGGCAAUGAAUAAUAUUAGUAACAAGGUUAUAAUUUCAUAUGAUGAAAUAGAAAUUAGAGGAGGGUUAUGUGUGAUGAAAAGCAUUGGAAAAGUGAUUGGAUUUACUAAUCGCAAUGAAAAAUCUUUUGAAGAUAUAUAUAAUUCAAAAAAAGAAAUUACACCAGACUAUAUUGCUAGUCAUAUGUGCCAAUUUUUCGCUACAACUAUUGACGGUGAGAUGUCCUUUCCUAUUUGCUUUGGUUAUCAUAAAUCAAACCAUUAUGAAUUUAUUACAGAGAAAAUGACAGAAAUUAGAGAUCAAUUUAAACGAACUUCAUAUGGAAAUUAUGCUCUAGAAGUGGUUGGAGGUUGUAGUGAUGGCUUAGCUGGCAAUUAUCAAUUUGCAAUCUCUCAAACUAAUGAAAAUUAUGUUCAUCUUUUUGAUUGGUCUCAUUUGCUCAAACGGUUGAGAAAUCGUUUAUUGAAAGGGGAUGAUUUGAUAAUCGAUAAUGAGAGUUUUUCAAUGAAUACAUUAUUGAAAAUUAGAAAUGAACCCCAAUUGCAAGAUUGGGUAACGGAAAGCAUUAUUUAUCCUGUCGAUAUUAUGAAAAUGGAGCCUGUUUUUGCUUUAAUAGAUCCUAAUGUUAUAAGUGGGAUUGAGCAAAGUAAUCAAUCAGGAUGUGUUGCAUUAGCGAAAUAUUUAACCUUAAUGCAACAAAUACAUCAAAUUUUUGACGAUGUGAAAUGUCCGACCUGGAAUGAGAAAAAACAAUUAAUUGAAGGGAUGGAAAGAUGCAAAUCCUAA